GUUUUUCGCUGUGAGACUCUCCGGCCACGGUGGGGUCUGUAUACAACUGUCCUUCUUCAACUUGUCAGCAGAUCUCUGUGAUUGUUUCUUGGUCGCUUGUGAUAAACGUUUAAUUAUAGACGGUAAACGUGAUAGUUUUCCACCGGAUACCGGCGCCUCUGCUGGCUGACGGUGUGCUCUCCCCAUUAGCCGUGAGUGGGCACAAACGUGCUGCUGGGUGAUAAGUUACAGUGGCUUUUCUGACAGAGCUACGGAAUAAGUAAUUAUUUGAUUGUCAGAAUGGUCUUCACCUGUUUCCCCAGUAGGUGUUUAAACUGGUGAUCAACAGCGGAGUAACGGCUGUAUGUUUCUGGGCUGCAGCAUGGCUACCGUGGAGCAGGUAGCGGCGGUAGGACGAGUCCUGGUGGACCCAGCACGGAACCUGACCCAGCGCUUCAGAGCCUUGUUCACCCUGAGGAAUCUGGGAGGUGCUGAGGCGAUCGAGUGGAUCAGCAAGGCCUUCACUGAUGAUUCAGCCUUACUGAAGCACGAGCUGGCCUACUGCCUGGGACAGAUGCAGGACAAAAGAGCCGUUCCCAUUUUAACCCAUGUUCUCAAAGACACAAAUCAGGAGCCAAUGGUCAGGCAUGAAGCAGGGGAAGCUCUGGGAGCGAUUGGUGAUUUAGCGGUUCUGGAUCUACUAAAAGAGUACUGUCAGGAUCCCCGUAUAGAGGUUGCAGAGACGUGUCAGCUAGCGGUUCGGCGGCUGGAAUGGCUGCAGAACGGUGGAGAGGGGGAGCUGGAGGAUGGCUGUACGGAUCAGAACCCCUACUGCUCUGUUGAUCCAGCCCCUCCAGCACCCAGGAGUAGUGUACCAGAGCUGCGCUCCACUCUUUUGGAUGAAGGUGUGCCGCUGUUUGAGCGCUACCGUGCCAUGUUUGCCUUGCGGAACCUGGGCACAGAGGAGGCUGUGCUGGCGCUGGGAGAUGGCCUGCAGGGCUCCAGCGCUCUGUUCCGUCAUGAGAUUGGAUAUGUUCUGGGUCAGAUGCAGCACCCGGCAGCAGUACCGGCCCUGCGCGCAGCUUUGGAGCGUUCUGGUGAGAACCCCAUGGUCCGGCACGAGGCGGCAGAAGCCCUGGGCUCCAUUGGGAAAGAGGAGUGUCUGACUGUGUUACAGUGUCACCGUGGAGAUAAAGAGCGUGUUGUGAAGGAAAGUUGUGAGGUGGCCCUGGACAUGUUGGAGUAUGAAAACAGCGACCAGUUCCAGUAUGCUGAUGGAUUACUCCGACUGUAGGAUGAACUCUAACUCUGCCUUUUAACCAGAACUGCAACGCAGCCUAGCAACACACAAACGGAGCCUUCAGGAGCCUAUUGGACCAUCAACUACGUCCAUUGUUACCCUCUAUGGAUAUAUCUGUCAUUUGCAACAGCUUUAGAAUGACUUAACUCUUGUAAAAAACUGGUGGCAUUCAUGAGUAAAGUCUAUUUAUUCUAACAA